AAAUAUACACAAACAUGGUAGCUCGAGUGGCGACACGCAGUCAAAAGUGACGAACUUUUGUUUUCUUUAUUUUGUAGCAAAAACUAAGCAUCAUUUUUGACAAUUAUGAGUUACAUUUGGUAAGAAUUAGUAUAAACGGGGUUUGUUAACUCUGGUUUUACUACACAGAAUUUUGUAGUUUGCUUUAAUCACCAUCAAAAUGGCUUUAUUGACAAUGAUUGCUAGAACUGUUGAUGGAUUGCCCUUGGCUGCAUCUAUGCCUUCUGACGAGCAGACUAGUCGUAAUAUUCAAGAAUAUCAAAGCCAGGCUAAAAAUCUCUUUCGAAAAUUGACUGAACGAUCUCCUGCUCGCUGUAGUAUAGAAACUGGACCUUAUGUUUUUCAUUACAGUAUGGAGAAUGGAGUUUGUUAUCUUAUAUUAACCGAAAAAUCAUUUUCAAAGAGAACAGCUUUCAGUUAUUUAGAAGAUAUACAGAAUGAAUUUUUUACACAAUAUGGUGGACAAGUUCCAACAGCGGUUAGGCCAUAUUGUUUCAUAGAAUUCGAUAAUUAUAUGCAAAAAGCAAAGAAGACGUUUUCCGACGGUCGUAGUGGAAGAAAUAGAAAUUUAAACCGAAUUAAUGAUGAAUUACAAGAUGUUCAAAAAAUUAUGAUCCAAAAUAUUGAUGAUGUUUUACAAAGAGGAGAAAAUUUGUCUGUUCUUGAUGAUAAAGCAGGCCAGUUGAGAUUCCAAAGCGAAAAAUACAAAAAAGAUGCGAAAUAUUUGAACUUGAGAUCAGUGUAUGCCAAGUAUGCAGCUGUGGGAAUUUUAUUGUUUGUGUUUAUUAUAUAUGUACGUUAUUGGUGGUUGUAAAUCACGUGGUUAUUGGUAUUGUGGUUGAUGAUUGGUGAAAGCUUAGCAAUCAAGCAUUUUCAUUAAUUUUUGGAAAUAUCGAACAGAUAAUAUAUCGAAAAAGUUUACCUUACAUGGUAAAAAGAUAUACUACAUCACGUUUUAAAAUGCAGAGAAAUUUAUGUUUAAUAAUUUAUGAAAUUUUUCAUUUUCUUAUUUCAUAUUUGCUACAUUCUUUUUUUAUAAGCAUGGUUGCAAAUGUGGUUUUAUAGUCCAGAUGCAAAGGUCGUGAUAGGUGCAAAGGUGAUAGGUGUCUUGUGAAGAAAUGUUCCAGUUGCCAUGUCUUGUGUUUUGUUAUGUAUGAAUAUGUUGAUGAUAUAUUUUGUUGUUUAUGUUUUUGGUAUGGAAUGUCACAGACAUGUAUAGAAAUUUUUGUUUGUUACGUUUUACGAACGAAAAUAUAGAAUUAUUAUAAAGUAA